AUGAAAUACUUGAUCUUAGUGUCGUCACUUUGUAUGAAGUUCGCAUAUUCGAGUUUUGAUAUUUUCAAUAAAUGUCCUGACUUUAUUCCAAUUAAUGAUUUUGAUUUUGAAUCGCUUUUUGGCGACUGGUAUACACUUGAACUUGUCCAACAUUACAAUGGAAGACGAACAUUGAUGCAACCAAAUUAUUGUGUAACUCUUCAUAUUAAUGGAUCAAAAGAAAUGAAUGAAAAUUUGAGAAGCUCACGCUACAAAGCAAUUGAAUUUUCAGUUAAUAAUCUUAAUGAAAAGCUUGAAGUUGAGGACAAGUUUGAUUUUUUAUUUAAGAUUAACGGUUCAAAGCAAGGAUUGUGGAUUGAUGGUAAACUUAGAAAAGAUUGCAGAAUUUCAACUUAUCAAUAUUUUCUGUUGCAGACAAAAAAAAAAGCAAUUGUUCAAGUCAUAAUGAUUGACGGAAAUUUUACAGUUUUGACAUUUUGUCAGAGAAUGCAACUCACAUCGUUUGUUUUGAGUCGUGAGCGAGACACUAAUGUAACUGAUGAAAUUGAAGACGCACAUUAUUUACUUCAACGACGAGGAUUGUUUAUGGAAAAUAUAGAAACUUCAUGUCGAGCUUCUUCCAUUGAAUGCUUAGAGAAGUUAACACUUGUUUUUCUGCUUUUCUUUGCUGUACAAAGUAACACUUUAUUAUAA